UUAUUUUGGAAGCGAUGAUCUAAUAAUAGCCAACAGUAGCUCUACUGGAGUGUGAGAACAGACAAAUAAGGAAGGGUUAAAUUAGUACUCUCAACGGAUAACAGUAGUCGUUUAACUAAGGCAGUCUGAAGACCCGCGUUAUGGUAAACCGCUAGAAGUGUUGUAAAAUUUUCCAUAGACAUUUCCAAUCUUUAAAUUCCGAAAAGCAAUCUCUCCUAGUCUAAUUACUUAUAACAUUACUCCUAAGUAAGUUAAAUUGAGUGUCAGCUUAAAAAAUGAAGGAUGCUAGCCACUGGAUUUACAGGACAUGGUAGUCCCUAAGCUUAUUUCGAUAAAGUAUUUGCAGAGAAGAUAAGUGGACAGUUAUUGUUGGCUCAUUAUUUUGGAAACAUCUCCUCGACCUCAAGAAGUCCUCAUAAGCGAAGCUAAUGGCAUUGGUGGAGGGUGAGAUACAGAGAAAUGUCAGCAAUGUUGGUAUUGUGACUGGAAUAUCCUUUUGUAAAGGAAUCAAGCGAGGGAGAGAGAGAGAAGUGGCAAGUGUCUAUUUAUAGGUAGGUUGGUAAGUAGAUAGGUGAGCUAGGAACGUACGUCUUUUACCUACGUGAAUGGCUGCCUACGUAAAUCGGUAGCGAUUACGUAUGGGCCUCUAUCUACAUAAACAUUGCGGCAGCUUAACCUUAUGAAGCCAUUUGUAACUUUGUUUUUCGGAAACGGGAUCUUUACCAUGAUUAAACAACACAAGUUGAUUCACGAGACCUUAGGAAAAUGAUAACAACCAAACUAUGUUGAGUGAUUUUCUCGUAUGAGUACAAACUGGGUCACUCUGCCACAGAAGCUCUAUGGAAUAUGAAGAAGACCUCUGGUAAUGGUUUUGUUGACAUCAGAACUAUUCAGAGAUGGUUCCAGAGUUCUUGUUCAGGAGAUGAUAGCCUUGAAAAUAAACCAAGGGAUGCCGUAAUCAAUUUUUACAUGUUGCAUUUCUUCAAUGGAAGCUCUCCCUUGACUAUUCAGUAUUUCAAAUAGGAAACAAAUACAGCAUAGAAAAAAAGCUUAUCGUUCUUUCCUAAUGUUUACAAUGACAUCUCCUCUUGAUAAAAAUCUUUCUGCAGUCUCAUCACCAGACUCUGCAUUCAGUGAAGGUUCUAUGAAUGAUUUUGAUUUUGAAGACAAUUCCCAAUUUGAAACUUUGAUAAGUCAAAUAAUGUACAAUUCCGAAGAUGUACAGAAUGAUAUGAUGAGUUAUUUUCAGUCAGAAACACCCUCAAGUGAAGAGAUUGCUUCAUUUGAUGUUGAUAACUUCUUCAAAUCUGAUCUCAUCAAUGAUGACUUCUUUUCAGGUGAUCCAAACACAUCUAUUUGCACCUCUGUAUACCAUGAAAAUCCCAGUGUAUUUGAGAACAAAUUAAAACCUGUUUUUGAUGACAUUGCCUUCUCUUCCCGAAACAUUUCAGAUGCCACUGAUAAUCAGUUAUCACUAGGUGAAAUAAACAAUGCAUUUGAUCAGGCUUUUGAUCACGCAUUUGAUCAGCCAUUAUUUGGUAAUCAGUCUGAACUAAUUGAAUCAAAUUACUUUAAUGACAAAGAUGAUCCAGUUUCUGUAUUUUCUGAUAAUCAGAAGAAUCCUGAACCAACUUAUUUGUUUCCAAAUUCCUCCCUUUCCACUGCUAUAUCUUCCAGUUUACCGUCAUAUCACUCAAAAUGUCAAAAGCUAAAUAACUGCUUUCAAGAAUGUGAAAAUAAAUUUUGUAGCGAGCCUAAUUUAGGGAAAUAUGCAGCAAAAUGUAAUUCAGUUCAUGCAAAUCUCCAUGGAUAUUUUAGUGAGAAGCAAGGGGAUAAUUGUUCCUCUGCUCAAAUGCAUUUGUUGUCUCCAUCUGACUCAUCUUACGGCAUUGAUAAUUCAUUCAACUAUAAUCAAACCAAAAGUUCAAAAACCUUUAAAAAGAAGGACGUGUUUGCAAUACCUAAAUCCCCAAAUGUUAUUUCAAAGACAAGCUGUCUGCAAAAAGUUCUAACAGGUCAUUUGUCAUGUGCUUUGUCACCUUCUUCUUUCAAUUUUCCACAACAUCAGCCAAGAAAUUUGCAACCAGGUGCAUUCCCAAACAAACCUGAUAGCCGAUAUUUCAGCUAUAUGCAGAAUUUAAAACAUAAACAAAGUGAUAAACAGCUACACAUUUCCAAUUCGAAAAAGAAUGCUUCCAACAAUGGAAAUUCUCCUAAAAGAGAGAAUGUCUCUGAAUUAGAGAAAUAUUUACGCGGAAUUAUCCCAAUGGGUAAAGACAGUACUGGUUUGUCUUAUUUGAGCGAUGCCUCAUCAAAAUUAAACCAUAUGAAAAAAAGCAAAUCUACAUUUCUGUAUAAACUUUUGACAGGUGAAAUAUCUCAAGAACUAUAUAGUGAGAUUGAUUACAAGCUACGAGAAACAGAGAGAGCAAAUCUAGCCUCCUGAUGAAAGCUUUGAUAUACAAAUUUGCAUAUAUGUAUGUCUGUAUGUGUAUGUGUGUGUGUCUAUCUAUCUAUCUAUAUAUAUGUGUCUAUCUAUCUAUAUAUACACACACACACACACUCACACACUCACAGGUAUCUCAAAAGUAAAUAGACACCAUAAUUUUUUUUUUUUUUAAAUUUUAUUGAAAGAAAUAUUUCUAGAAACAAAAUGUCAUUUGAUGCAUUUAAAUAAUUGAUCUAGUAAUUAGUAGUCAUGGCUUGUGCAGUUUUUAACGAUUUAACUUAUUUGGGCAUCAUAUUAAUGAACAGUGUCCACACAGGUAAAACAGUACAAUGAGAGGAGUCUAUUUACUUUUGAGAUGCUUAUCCAUAUAUAUAUAUAUAUAUAUAUAUAUAUAUAUAAAGUAGAGUUACAUUUACUAAAGAAAAGCUGGUGUGAUAAUUUUCAUGAUAAUAUAAUGAAAAAUAGUAAAAUUUGGGAUUUAUAUUUUGUUUAUAUUUGUUGGUAGGUAGAUUAAAAAUUACUUGAGUGAAUAAACGAGAAUUAUUUAUUUGGAUUUGAACAAAAUUAUGCAUUUUCAAAGAAAAUUAUCAAGCUUUCUUCCUUCAGAUUAGUAGUUUACUAUGUAGUGCUAGAAUUUUGGAGUGAAAUUUUUGUAGAAUGUUAGUGUUUUGGACUUGAAGUUUUAAUACUUAGAAACAUGCAUUUACACAGAUAUGUAUAUCUGUAUUUGUGAAUGUGGUGUAUGUGUGUACAUGUGCAUAUAUGAAUGUGCAUAUAUAUCUAUGUGUAUAUAUACAUGUGUGUGUGCAUGUGUAUGUGUGUGUGUACAUACACAUAUAUAUAGAUACAUUCGUGCACACACACACACACACAUGCAGAUAAGUUCAUUUGUAUGUUGUGUGUGUGUGUGUGUGCAUAAAGUUACGGUAAAUAUAUGUGUGUAAAUAUGUAUAUAUAUGUAUGUAAACAUGCUUAUAUGCACAUACAUAUAUAUAUAUAUGGAUGUACAUAUAUAUAUUUGAAUGUGUACAUAUGUUUAUAUAUAUAAAUCUGUAUGUGCAUAUAUACAUACAUAUAUAUAUUUAUGUAUGUAUAUAUGCACACACAGAAGCACACACACAGAAGCACACACACACACAUAUGUCUAUCCAAGGGUUGAACCAAAAGUAUAGCAAAAGUGAAUAUGACUUUUUUUUUAUUAGUUGACAUAGAUCAUUCAAAUUGCACAUGUUGGUAGAAUAACUUUUCUACACAAAGGUACCUCUCAACAUAGUGGCCACCACAAGAAAUACAGUUGUGCAUUUCUUGGACUCAACUUUCAAAUCCUCUUUGAAAAUAUUUGUAUGUUGUACCCCACUUAUGCACCUUGUUAGUAUUAGCAAAUCACUCUCCCUAAAGACUCUCCUUCAUUGGGCCAAACAGAUGGAUGUUGGAUAGCACUCAAUCUAGGCUGUAAAGUUAAUGGAUUACCACUGACCGGUCUAAGUUUUUCAUUUGCUGCCAAGGAUGUAUGUGGUGGCUCAUUGUCAAGUUAGAUAUGGAUUGUUUAUAGAUUCUUCCUUGACUUCUUCCUUCUAAUAGCUUCUCUAAGCUUUUUAAAUGUUUCAAUAUACUGCUUGUUGUUCAUGUUACAGCCAUAUUCUAGAAAUUCACAGAGUAUUAUACCUUUGUCAUCUCAAUUAACAGUUCCCAUGACUUUCUAUGACAAUCACUGGCUUUUGAAAAUCAUAAGCUUUGAGAAGAGGUGUGACACCGUUCCAUCGACUGAAUCUUUGUUUCUAUAUCAUAAAAAUAUGGCCAUGUUUCAUUCCUUGUCAUCGGAUUAGACAAAAAUGUUUUAAUUGGCUUCUAAUGCUUCUGUCAGAUCAGAGCAGUCUUCUCUUCCCUCCACUUCUUGAAAUUGGGUUGCCAGCUCCCAAGGUAUCCAUUUUGCCUAUACUUUCGAAUACCCAAAGUCUUCCACCAUCUUCUCUAGUGUUGUGGGACUACAGUCCAAUUGUGCAACAAGAUCACGUGAAUCAGUUCAUCCACCCUCUGCAUCAGUAGUUUCAUAUCAGUGGUUACAGAUGAAAGUCUUCCACUGCAUGGUUUAUCUUCUGUGCUAGUUUCCCUGGGCAUAUUGCUCUUGUCAAUGGAUUCAUCUUUUUAAAAAACUUAUAAACUUCUGUAGGUGUGGAACAUCCUGCAACACACCUUUGUCAACAACUCUAUGAUGGCACAUUGUUUCUGAUUGGAUCCCACAAUUUGCUUGUGAUGAAAAAAGAACAGAAGAAUAUUUAUUAUGGGAAAAUAGUUACUACCAACACAUGCAAUUUGAUUGGCUUAUGUCUGUUAAUAAAAAUGUUAUGACCACUUUUACAUUACUUUUCAGACAACCCUCAGAUAUAUGUAUGUAUUUAUUUAUAUGUGUGUGUUUGUGUAUAUGUAUGUAUGUAUGUGUGUGUAUAUGUGUAUGUGCGUGCAUAUAUAUAUGUAUGUACAUAUGUAUGUAUAUAAGUAUACAUACAGGCAUAUAUGCAUAUAUAUGUGUGUGUG